CAUCAUUGCUGGUGAACACCAACUCUGCCUCUUUUCUUUCAAUCUUUCUGUCGUCAAUCUAUUUCCUUUGCUCGGGCUGUUGUACAUUCUGUAAAUAUAAUCAAUUCCUCAAACCCUGCAUCUCCAAUGUCUCUCGCCCUUCUCCCCUCCAAAGCCAUCCGCCGCUCUCCACGUCCUCAAUACUUACCAGUCCUCGACUUCCUCGCCCCAAGCUGGCCAUCAUGGCAACCAAUCGCUCGAAAAGCCUGCAUGGCAACCUCUGCUCCUAAUGCCCCCCCUUCAUCUCCACCCCCUCCCUCCGCAAACCCGCCCUCAAAGCCCUUAACCAAAGAGCAAAAAGACUUCCUAGACAGCGCACUCCGCGUCAACCAAGCCGGCGAGCUCGCCGCCGUGCUAAUCUACACCGCCCAAACGCCCCCCCUCACGCGCGCCCACCCGCACCUCCGCCCGCUCAUGGCGCACAUGUACGAGCAGGAAGCCGGCCACUUCGCCGUCUUCAACGCCCUGCUCGCCAAGCACCGUAUCCGCCCGACCGCCAUGUACCCCGUCUGGAGCGUCGCCGCGACCGCGCUGGGAUGGGGCACCGCGCUGAUGGGGCGGGAGGCCGCGAUGGCGUGCACAGAGGCCGUGGAGACGGAGAUCGGGGGCCACUAUAACGAGCAAGUGCGAGUGCUGUUGGAGUGGGCGGAUGAGCGGAGGAGGGAGGGGGCGGGGUUGGGGGCCGAGUUGGAGGAGUUGCUGGGGACGUUGCGGCGGAUUAGGGAUGAGGAGCUCGAGCAUUUGGAUAUUGCGGUCGAGAAUGAUGCGAAGGAGGCACGGCCGUAUGAGUUGUUGACGGAUGUGAUUAAGGGGGGGUGUCGGGCGGCGAUUUGGGUUACCGAGAGGGUGUGAAAGGGGUGGGUUGUAUGAAUAGUGCGGUUGAGUGUAAAUAUAUAAGCAUGGGUGCAGCGCCACCAGCUUUUACAAGCCUGAACAAUUUAACGUAACCCUCUUUGAACUUGG